AUGACACUGGCUGACGUUGAGGGGGGAGCUUUCUCCGAGGAGGAAGAACAACAACUGUGGACAGAUAUCGAUACCUGCGUGUCGAGUCCAUGCGAUGACCACGAAUCGAUAGACGACGCCUUGCGAACGUGGCUGGGAUUGACAGCACGGCUCCGUGAUCGGCCCCCUGGAAGCCAGGAGGGCUGUGUGAUGUGCGCAAAUAUGCUCAUAAACAGCCAAAUCUUCCAACGGAAUCAGGAAUACGUUCGCACGCAACUCAUCCACAGUCUACUUCAAGAAGACAAUGUCGCGUCCUUACAUGCCAUAACGUCGCUGCUGCUUCUCGACGGGCACUACGACGAGUCUGUAUUUCCGCGCAUGCUUCAGGAACAGUGCUUUCCGCGACUGGUGGAACUAAUAGCGGCGAAGGAAGAUGACGAGGACGCGCGCCUGCAUCGUUUCUUGCUGCAGCUCAUGUACGAGAUGUCGCGUGUGGAAAGGCUUCGGCCAGCAGAGCUGGUAUUGGUCGACGAUGAAUUUAUACACAGCCUCUUUCGCAUCAUUGAGGGGGUUUCCAAUGAUGUACACGAUCCAUAUCAUUACCCUACGAUAAGAGUUUUGCUUGUGUUGAAUGAGCAGUAUAUGCUUGCCUCUACGGAGCCUAUUGAAGGGCCAGACGGAAGACAGGCGCCUCUGACGAACAGAAUUGUCAAAUGUCUCAGUCUGCAUGGCCCUUCGUACAGAACAUUUGGCGAAAAUAUCAUCUUGCUGUUAAAUCGCGAAACUGAAACAUCGCUUCAGCUGCUCAUCUUGAAGCUAUUGUACCUUUUGUUCACAACCAAGGCAACAUACGAAUAUUUCUACACGAACGACUUGCGAGUUCUAUUAGAUGUCAUCAUCCGAAAUCUGAUGGAUCUCCCGGAUGAGAGGAUUUCUUUGAGACAUACGUAUCUCAGAGUUUUGUACCCACUGUUGGCGCACACGCAACUCAGCCAUCCGCCUCAUUACAAGCAGGACGAAAUACUUAAGGUGUUGAAAAUCCUUCGCGGCUCGCUCAAUGCGCACUUUGCGCCAGCUGAUGAUACCACGGUCCGACUAGUCGACCGCGUGGCCAAAGUCAAAUGGCUCGAGGCCGGCAACCUGGACGGCGCCUCCGAGGUGGCUCGCAAAUUCCUGGGAAUUAGCCUUUCCCCGACCCAGUACGCGAGCAGCAUUAGUGUUGGCGAUGUCGCUGGCGUCAUGGAGAAGCCCGGCGUGCAGACGCCAAGCCGAAACGCUGGUAACGGCGCGCGAAGCCGGGAUGCCCCUAGCCCUACGCAGGACGAAGUCAACACGACGGUCAGGGCCAAGAAGCCCCUACCGACUGUCCCCAAGCACCGCCACGGCGUGCCUUUCCAAAACUUCGCAGACAAGCCGGUCAUGAACGGCGAGGUGAAGAAGGUGCCGCCCAAGGCACCACCGCCGCGGCGACGAGGCAAGAUGAAGGUGGCUGAACCGCCACCGAUAGAGACCAUCAGGGAGACGCCACCAGAGCCAUGA